UGUUCCUGCACUGUAGAUGUGAAGCCAUUGGUGCCAUAUUGUCCUGCACUGUAGAUGUGAAGCCAUUGGUGCCAUAUUGUCAGCAACGAACUCAAUUUGUACAUUGCAGCCUUGAAAUUGUUGGGGACUUUCCUUUACCUCUUCUGCACUAGUACUGGCCUUGGCAUACUAGCAUUCUACUGAUCGUGAAGUUGCACUUAUGAUGUUGAUGGCAUAUUUGUCAUAUAUCAUUGCUGAGGUACAGAACCACCAUCUACAAAAUGCAUUGUAGUUGAUAUAUUUUAUUUAUUUUCUUCAGAGAUGUUGAAUAAAAGUGCUUAGGUUGAAAGAUAUUUUCCACCCUUAUAUAUGAUACUCAUUUUUAAUGUGGUCCUUAUAUUAAAAAAAGUUUUCAAUUUUUUCACAACAUAUAUAAUUAUUGUCAAAUUAUCCUAUCAUUUGUUGUUAACUUGUUACAACAACAUUGAGAUUGACAAGAAUUUACUGUGAAGUAUAGGGAGAAAAUUUAAAAUAAGAGAUAAUACACAAGGUAAAAACAACGGAACAAAUUGAUAUCAUAAUAGAGUUUUCUAGUAUAAGAGAGUUAUAAAUUCUCUGCAGAAUGGCAAAAAAUACUCGGUAGCAAUGAGAAUCGUAAAUGCAAUUAUUCACUUCAGAAUUUCAAGGUAUAUAUACAUACGUGUGGCUUGUGCAGCUUUUAAGUCUCAGUGGGAUUUUGACUAUUUUCUUCUGUGGCAUUGUUAUGUCACACUAUACUUGGCACAAUGUUACAGGAAGUUCAAGGACAACAACCAGGCACUCCUUUGCAACCAUCUCAUUCAUUUGUGAAACCUUUAUAUUUAUAUCUGUUGGCAUGGAUGCUUUAGACAUUGACCAAUGGAAAAAAAGCAAAGCUAGUGCAGGAACUUCAGUUGCUGUGAGUUCAACGUUGUUUGCAUUAGUGUUGAUUGGAAGAGCAGCUUUUGUGUUCCCUAUUGCAAAUAUUACAAAUUGCAUAAAGAGAAGAGAGAGUUCCAAAAUUGAGUUUCGUUCACAGUUUAUCAUAUGGUGGGCAGGCCUGAUGAGAGGUGCAGUGACUAUUGCUCUGUCUUAUAACCAGGCAAGUACAUGAUAUAAGGUUUAAAGUCUGUUUGAAUAUAAACUUAUAAAUGUUUUUUGAGAGUUUCUUUA